GUUCGCCCUCCAGGGCUCGGAGUUCCGCUUCGAUACGGCCAGGCUACUGCGAGAUUUGCAAGGUCGUGACCCGCAAGUACCUAUUGUGAAUUUGCAUGGCACUAAGGAUUGGGAAAUAUCUCCUAAUGCAAUGGAGGAGCUGGCAGACUGCGUUGAUAGUGUUAACUACACUAAAGUUCCAAUUCGAGGGGGUGGUCACAGUACUAAUAUAUAUCCUCCUCAAGGGGAGCAGUUCCUCGAAUCCCUCAAGAGCUGGUUCUCUGAUGUGGAAGAACAUCAUUGA